CUGCCAUGAUGCCACCUUGCCUUUCUCGAGAUUGCCUCUCUCAAAAUAAGGCCAAGGCCUCAAAGUCGCAGGAGGUGCCUGAAGGUAUGCUGACAGCUGCAUCUGCUUUGGCGCCAUGAGUUCAGAAACUUCGAGCUCCCUUUCCCACUGGGAGACCUGGCGUCUCCUGGUCCUAGUGGGAGCCUGCGUUGGUAUCCUUCUCAAUACCUUCCAAGGUGAAGGCGCGCCCUUGGUAGCUUCGACUGCGUUUAGCGGCAUCGCGUUCGCGGUCACAUUCAGCUUGAUCAGAUGGCUCGGGCCGGUAUUUAUGAAGGCCGGGCUGAAGGGGAAGGACAUGGCAAAGCCGCGGAGGCCGGAAAUACCGGAGACGAUGGGCGCGGUUUGCGCUAUUGUCUAUCUCCUUGCGCUGAUCUUCUUCAUCCCGUUUGCUUUCUACAAGGAUAUCGUGGCAGCCACCUCGGGUGGAGGCAACCGAGAUGUGGUGAUUGAGGUUGAGCAUGUUGAAACUGGUCGCAUGCUCCACCGGUUUCCUCAUGGCAGGCUCGCGUCCUAUCUCUCCGGCCUCCUUUCCCUGCAAUGUAUCGUGAUCCUUGGGAUCGGCGACGACUUGCUUGACAUUCGCUGGAGGCACAAAGUCCUCAUCCCCGCAUUCGGCGCCAUUCCAAUGCUCAUCGUCUACUUCGUCGACUUUGGCGUCACCCAGGUCGUUGUCCCCGUCCCCCUGCAGCCCUACUUGGGCUCCACUAUCGACCUUGGUUGGUUGUAUUACGGAUACAUGGCAGCCGUGGCGAUCUUCUGCCCGAACUCGAUAAACAUGCUGGCCGGAAUCAACGGGGUGGAGGUGGCCCAGUCUCUCGUGAUUGCGGGCUUGCUGAUAGCGAACGACGUCUUAUACCUGGCACCCAUCACACCGUACCCGCAUCCUGCGACCGACUCGCAUCUGUUUUCCCUAUACUUUCUGCUGCCGUUCGUCGGGGUUUCCUUGGCCCUUUUGUGCCAUAACUGGUACCCUUCCAAAGUGUUUGUCGGCGACACCUACUGCUACUUUGCGGGAAUGGUGUUUGCUGUGGUUGGCAUCUUGGGCCACUUCAGCAAAACGCUACUGCUUCUCUUCAUCCCGCAGAUCUUCAACUUCCUGUACUCGACCCCCCAGCUCUUCCACGUGAUCCCUUGUCCGCGCCAUCGUCUGCCGAAGUUCAAUUCCGUCUCUGGAUUGUUAGACGCAUCGGUGACAGAAUGGACCGUGCCACCCUCACCACCCAUUGCGACUAUCCUAGAGCUCCUGCACCGGCUCCGCCUGGUGCGCGUGACGAAGAACGACAAGGGUCAGAUCGUCGAAUCGACGAAUUUGACCAUCCUCAAUCUGUGGCUUGUCUGGGCCGGGCCAAUGAAGGAGAACCAGCUCGCCUGGCACAUGGUGGGUGUUCAGACGGUUUGCGGACUGUUGGGUCUGUUCGUGCGACAUCGCCUGGCGCUACUGGUCUUUCGGGAGGACAACCGGGCGUUUGGAACUCCCGUAUAGCCGUUCUAGAGUGUAUUUUAUGUAACAGUUGUUUCUGCG